AUGAGUAAUCAUGAUAUUUUAAUGGGCCGUCUAAUAACUGAAAUAAUAUAUGUUCAUUCAAAAUUAAUGAUCAUUGAUGAUCGUAUGGCUAUAUGUGAUAGUGCAAAUAUAAAUGAUUGUUCAUUAGUUGGUAAUCGUGCUAGUGAAUUUUGUAUUGUAAUAAAUGAUCUGGAAGAAGAUGAUGAUCGGUUUAAUGAAGAGGCAGUUCUUGUAAAAAAAUUUUGUUCUAGCUGGUGUAAAAAGAUCUUUGAGUAUGUUUCAUAUUUAAAAUUACCAUGA